AUGAAGACGAGAAAGCUACAUGAUAAGUAUGGGCCAGUUGUUCGACUCAGUCCUGAUGAGCUUGCGUUCAACACUCUCGGCGCUUGGGUGGACAUCUAUGGGCACCGAAAUGGACGGAAGGACCUUUCAAAACAUCCUAUUCACGUGGGUGCUGUCGACCCAUUGCCUGGAGUUCAGACAAUUUCUAUGGCCGAUCACGACAAUCAUGCACGCCAACGAAAAGCCCUGUCCCACGGAUUCUCCAAGCAGGCACUUUGGUUCCAGGAGAGCAUCGUUCAGGAAUUCGUGACCAAAUUGAUGAACAACAUUCAUCAGUUUGCUGAGAAGGGAGAAGUAUUCGACAUUGUGAGAUGGUUCAACUUUAUCACGUUCGAUGUUAUCGGCGAUCUUUCCUUUGGUGAAUCAUUUGGAUGUUUGGAUCGAGGCGAAUUUCAUUUCUGGAUCACCCUGAUCUUCGAUGCUGUGAAAGCCGGUGCAAUCGAGCAGGCCUCGAGACGUUUCGCGACUGCUGGUUCGCCCACGCAGAAAUUCCUGAUGAAAUUUGCCCAAGGUGCACUGGCGAAACGUCGAGCGGAUCAUUUGGCAUACAGCAGGGAAAAGGUGAUGAGGCGACUUCAAGCGAAAGGCAGCGAUCGCAAAGACUUCAUCCAUUACAUCCUGAGACAGGCAGAGGUGUAUGAUCUCUCUCAGGACGAAGUCAUUGUCAAUGCAGCAUUGUUCAUUGUCGCUGGGAGCGAAACUACUGCAAGCUCGCUUGCAGCGUUGACGAACAAUCUGCUUAGGCAUCCGGAUGUCUAUGCAAAACUGAAAGAGGAAAUUCGAACAACCUUCAGAUUCGAAUCGGACAUCCGGUUAGAGGUUGCCAAUAGUCUGCCAUAUUUGAAUGCAUGCAUCGAGGAGAAUCUGAGAAUCUUUCCACCGGCUCCAAUUGGUUUCUUGCGUGCCAUUCAGGAAGGAGGAGAUGUGAUUGAUGGGCACCAAAUCCCUGGAGGAACUGCAGUUUCUGUCAGCUCGUGGUGCGCACAUCAUAGUACAGAAAACUUCAAAGAUCCUGAUCUGUUCCUCCCCGAACGCUGGCUUGACGACAAACGGUUCCAAGAUGACAAGAAAUUGGCCAGUCGACCUUUCUCGCUUGGACCGCGAGGUUGCAUUGGGAAAGAUCUGUCUUACCUUGAGAUGCGACUGGUCUUGUGCCGACUGAUUUGGAACUUCGACCUGGUCAAUGCCGACGACGCGGAGGAUUGGAAUCCUGAAGGAGAUAUGAAGCAUAUGAAGGCAUAUUCGACGUGGCAAAAGCCUGGGCUGAAGGUGAUGGCAGUCAAAGUCGAAAGGUAG